AUGAACGUGAUGCAUGCAGUGCAACGUGCUUGUGCUCGAGUGAAACACUAUUGUCCUCCUUUUGUGUUCAGAAUUGCAAAUCGAUUUGAAAAAUUGGCUCCAAAACGGAUUUUGAUGUGGACGAAGGUGUUUCGGGAAGAGAAGAAAGUCGAUUUCAGUGACUGCAAAGGGUUUUCGGAUCGCUGCAUUGCAACUUACAACAAGUCGUUGAUAAGCGCUGCAGAUGCAGUCGUGUUUCAUGCUGCCGACAUAGCUGACGGACCUCUUCCAGAAGCAGAAGACCGUCUGCCGCAUCAGCGAUAUGUGUUCAUGAGCAUGGAAACACCAUUGAAUAGUGGAUUGCACGCAGUACCGUGUAAUUUCUCAAUUGAGGAGACAUUGUGCUGUCGUCAGAUGUUGUUCAUAAAUAUGAGUGGGAUAUUUCCUCCCCCGAACGUAGCGCGAAGAAAAUGGGCUCAAAGUUUUCACCGGAGUUUGUUAAGAGCCCUCUUCACUGCCUUUAUUUGUGUCACGACCCACUAUUCGAUUCAACCUGCAAAGAUGUGA